GCAGGAGCCAAGCGCGGGCGCAGAGGUGUUCACAGAGCCCUGUGCGCCGCGACGAACGUCCAGCUUUUCCAGGUCACUGGUUUUUGCAGAGCUGGUUAUGUCCGGAGGAGUCAGUGACCUUCGAGGAUGUGGCCAUCUACUUCUCUGAGAACGAAUGGACCGGCCUGGCCCCUGCUCAGAGGGUCCUGUACAGGGACGUGAUGCUGGAGAAUUAUGGGGCUGUGGCUGCCCUGGCAGCAUUUCCAUUUCCCAAACCGGCUCUGAUUUCCCAGCUGGAGCGAGGGGAAGCACCCUGGUGCAAGGCUCCUCAGGGAGCUCUGGAUGGAGAGGGCCCGAGGGGCAUCUCCUCAGGAUAUCCAUUUCUAAAGCCUGCUGGGAUCUCGCAUUUUAAGCAGGUGGAAGAACCAUUGAACCUGAAACUUCAAGGAGAGGGUCCAAGCCUAACCUGUACUGAGGGUGUGUUGAAGAGUGAGAAAGAAGAUUUUAUUCUGAAGGAGGGAAAUUUUGAGGAGGCAAAGGAUCACAUGGUGCUAUCAAGUGGACCCCGGUGGUGUGGCUCCCAGGAAUUCUGGUUUGGAAAAACCUGUGAGGAGGAAAAAAGCAGGUUAGGGAGGUGGUCUGACUACUCCAAUGGGAGAAGUUUGGAGAACACCGCAAAUGAUAUUAUAGAAGUGAUUGUCAAAGAUGAGAUGGUCUCUGGCGAAGAUAGUUCAGAGAAUACUGGUGUUAAUAUCCCCCUUGGUAUACAUCAGAAAAUUUUCAGUGAGCAGGUAUUCUAUAUAUGUGAAGAAUGCGGCAAGUGUUUUGAUAAAAAUGAAGACUUUGACCAACAUCAGAGAAUUCAUAAUGGAGAGAAGGUCUAUGGAUGUAAGGAAUGUGGGAAGACUUUCAGUUUUAGAUCACAUUGCAUUGCACAUCAGAGAAUUCACACAGGGGUGAAACCAUACGUGUGUCAAGAAUGUGCUAGCUUCGUUUGGAAGUCAAACCUGAUUCGGCACCAGAGAAUACAUACUGGAGAGAAACCCUUUGAAUGUAAGGAAUGUGGGAAGGGCUUUAGUCAGAACACAAGCCUUACACAGCACCAGCGAAUCCACACUGGAGAAAAACCAUAUACAUGUAAGGAAUGUGGGAAAAGCUUUACUCGGAACCCAGCCCUACUUCGACAUCAGAGAAUCCACACUGGGGAGAAGCCUUAUGAAUGCAAGGACUGUGGGAAAGGCUUUAUGUGGAACUCCGAUCUUGCUCAGCACCAGAGGGUCCACACAGGGGAGAAGCCUCAUGAAUGUACUGACUGUGGGAAAAGCUUCAUCUGUAAGGCACACCUUAUCCGACAUCAGAGAAUCCAUACUGGGGAAAGGCCGUAUAAAUGUAAUGACUGUGGGAAGGCCUUCAGUCAGAAUUCUGUUUUGAUUAAGCACCAGCGGCGCCAUGCUAGAGAGAAACCUUGUAAUUGUCAGAUAUCUCACCUUCUUGAACAUUAGAGAAUGCAUAACGGUGAUAUUUGUUUAUAAUUCUUAUGCUAUAGGAACCCCAGAGACAAAACAAGGUGAUCGUCCACUUUGUUAUAACUUUAAUAGCCAGUAUUAUCUUGUCCUCUCUGAACAGGUACCCUGUACUCUAGUAAGACUGGUCUCCCUGUUCAACCAUGUUCAUGCUAGGCAACUUUUAGUUGAGUAUCUACCCUGUCAGGUACUGUGCUAACCACACAUACAGUCUUUAGUUUUUCUUACUCCUAUUAAGGUAGGUACUUAUACUCAUUUUACAAAUGAGAGAUCUGAGGUUGAAAGAAGUUAUAAAACUAAUUCAAGGUCACUCAGCUAACAUGUUAUAGAAUUGAGAUUCAAGUAGGUCUAUCUGACUCCGGAGUCUGCUGUUCUCUAUUUGUGCACAUUUCUACUUCUUCUCAAAUUUAUUUGCUCAACUUUCCCUAGGCUAAAAAUUUCCUUCCUCAUCUAAGACCCAGCUCCUUCAAAUGAACAGACCUUCCUCUUCUACUUGUAAUCAGUACUGUCCAAAUUGGUAUUUAACUAUGUGCUGUCUUAUAUUUUUCUAAUGUCUAUGUGUGUUAGUCCAGCUAAAUGGUUCUUGAAGAUCAAUACUGUAUUUUAAGUUUUUCAAAUUUGGAAACUUAUUUAUUUCUGAGUAGGUAUAAUGUGCUUAUGGUAAAAAAAAAAAAAAAAGUUGAAAUAGUUUAAAAA